AUCGCUGUUCCGCGGGACUUCCGGUCCAGCCCCUGCAGCUAAUGUAAACAGCCUCAGUCCUCCACACGGUGGGGAAAUGGCUAAAUUAGUGUUGGGACCGUGUUGCUCGGUGGUCGGAUGCUCCCUCAGACCAGGGACAAACUUAAUGUCCCAGAUUAAAGUCUUCCGCUUUCCUAAAGACACUCAGCAGCGCGAGGCGUGGACCGCUGCGGUCAGGCGGGAGAACUGGACACCGUCGGUGAACUCCAGAGUCUGCAGCACUCACUUCAUCACCGGGAGGCCGUCAGAUGACCCUCUCCAUCCUGACUACGCCCCGUCAAAGCUGCUUCACAAACCUCAGAGAGUGAAAGCAACGGAGAGAUACUGUAAGUCAGUGAAGCGAGCGGCUUCAGCACCAACACAUCCUGAGGCGGGGCCUGUCACUGAGAUGCAGAUUGAACCUGAAGGCCUCAGAUACAAGAGCACAUCAGUGGGGACAGAUCUGUCCAUGAAGGACAUCGAGGGCCUGCUCAGUGAACACGCUGCCCUGAAAAACUACAUCAAAAAACUGGAGACUAAACUGAAAGCCUGCGAGUAGAGCAGAACACCACUGCUGGGUUUCAGUCGUUCUUCAGCUGUGAUGUGUUUUACAUCUCAACAGCCUGGACACUCAAAACCUCCACAGCUCCACCUGACAACCAGCUCUGUGCUGUGUGCAUGAAACUGCACCUUGACCUCACUCAGCUGGUUUUGUGUUACCAGUCCAGGUGUAGUUCUGGUUUUAUUUCUGCCAUUUUCCAUGACUGACUAAAUGUUAUGUUGCAGUAUCUGAAAUGUCUGUCAUGUUCUCGAGAUGGACAGUGUAUCAGAGAGAAUCUUCAACAAUGUAAGAUGCAUCUUAGAUUUCAGUGAAAUCUUCAUCGAGCGACAAACAUCUCUCAGUUCCUGGGCAUGAACACAUCCACAGUAUCAGUCAAUCAGAGUUCCUAAUAGAACAAGUCCUGUCACUUUCCUUCCCAAAGCUUGGGGUGAACGUGCAAGUGACAAAGUCAUUACACAGCCAUCUGGCACUGAUAUCCUGGAGGAGGGAGACACGGUCCUUGUUGACUGAGGACUCAACCUCCCAGAAUACUUUACUACAAAAGGUGAGAGGCACAGCUAAGGUAUCGAGCUGUCGCCAGAUGUCACGGGCAAGGAUCCAUGUGACACGCUCAUCUGGCAGAUUAAAGACCUCUCACAUUUUGAAAAAUAACCUGUCACUCAGCACAGUCAAGUGCAGAACAAGUGACAGCACGACUGCAAUCAGUGAAACAUUACUGGAUUGUGCUGCUUUGUCAAACCUUGACAAACCCCUUUGUAUGUUUAAAGGGAUAGUUUGGAUUUUUUUGGUUGUUUGAGGUACUUAUCCACAGACAGUGUGUUACCAACAGUAGAUGUCAGUUGGCACACACCUGGUUUGGAAACAUCUGACACAUACGCUAAGCGAUGAACUGCUGUGGACGGGAGCAGCAACAAAAGUUAAUAAAGCCACCUAACAAUAUCAUAAUCACUUUAAGUGUGUGUUAUAUUUAGAAUAUUUUCACUGCUUUACCUUCUGUUAGACAGAAAUUUCCAACAGGGAAAUGAAUCCGUUAUAUCGCUCUCUUCAAAGCCAGACUCCAUUGAGAAAACCAGUGAUUUAACAUCACUGAACACAGGAGCUGCUGCUCCACUGCCGCCUCCGUCAGUUUGUUUGUGUUCUUGUGUGACUUUAGUGUUUAAAAAGGUUACUUCACAAAACCCACAAUAACACAAACAAACUCGCUAAUGGAGGCAGCGGUCGACCAGCAGCUCCUGUGUUCAGUGAGCUUAAAUGACCGUUUCUGUCAAUGGAGUCUGGCUUUGACAAGAGCAGAGAUAGUGAACUGAAGCUGUUGACUGCUUUACAUCAGAACAAGCUGUCUGACAGAACGGUGAAAAUACUCUCAGUAGAGUGUAUGCUUACACUGAUAUUGAUUUUUUUAGGUGUCUAAAACACAUUAUGCUGCUGUCCCCGUCCACAGCCAUACUGCCAAUACUGCUGCCUCUCCGAAGUAUCUCAUACAACACUGCUCCAAAAAACCUGAACUAUCCCUUUAAGAUCAACCGCCAGGAAGAUUAACUUUAAAUAUGGCAAGCUUCCCUACUCGUAGGGUCUGGAUCAUUUAUCAAAUAUUUGUAAAUGUCUCAUGUAAAAGAGAACACUGAACACAAUUUGGAUGUUUUUUUAAAUGUCGGGGUCAUCCUAAUUUUCUAACAUGAAUAUGGGAACUGUUUAUUGUUCAUGUGGAAGUCUGAGAUGAAUAAAGUGUCUACAGCUGACGUAGAUGGUUUCAGUUUUGAUGGUUUCAGUUUUGAAAUGUCUGCCUACCUGUUUUUUUUUUGUUUGUUUGUUUUUUUCCAACCUGUCAUGUUAGUAUCUGGGACAUGUAACUGCCUCUGAUUGGUUGUUCCUACAUCACGUAUCCCAUUGUUUGUUGAUGAAGACUUAGAGUGGUGGAAACAUGUUGGCUCUUUUAACGAUUCAGCUUAUGAUAUUGAAAGAAAUGCACCUGCACAGAGAAUCUCAAUUUUAUUUUAGUUAUUUUAUCAAAAGGGAGACUUUUUAAACAAACUUCCAUUUUAAAAAAUGUUU